AUGGCGACGGGGACGCUAAACUUCCCGGAGCUGCUUUACGUUUGUUUUUUCGUUUAUAUAUUAAAAAAUUCAAACACAAUUAAUUGCCAGCAGUUUUCUAUUUCUUUUUUGCAACCGUCGGAUUGCGGGGUCCAAAAUUAUUUUGACAUUUCAAGCUUGACUUGUGUGAAAUGUGGACCGAACCAAGUCAGCAGUACAUCAGGUUUGAGCUGUGAGUGUCAACCGGGUUUCAAGGUCCUGAACAACAAUGGAGGAUACAUUACCUGCCAAAGGUGCACAGACUUAAAACCGGGUGUUACUCAGGAUGGAUAUGACUGCAUCAGAUGUCCAGGUGGACUCGGGGGGGACGGCAAAUGCCAGUGUCCUGCAGGAAGUGUUCUUGUGGAAAGAAGGGUAAAUGGCAUUCUUCUUCAAGAAGCUCAGUGUGAGAUAUGUAAUGGAACAGAUCCAGCUUUUUCUUUUCCAGACACGAAAGGCAACAGAUGUGUAAGAUGUCAGGAAUCCUUCAUCAACACAUCUCAGUCCUGUGCGUGCGGCUCCAACAUUCCGGCUGGAGGAAUGUGUUUCCCUCCCAACAGCUUGCCCAGUUCAGUCGUGUCCACAAUAAGUUUUACUCAGUUGGGCUUAGCUGUCCCCUCUGCCUGGUUCACUAGUUUCCUGUAUUCCUCUGCAGCUGCAUGCCUGUUGUUCAAUAAUCGGACAGCAUGCCAGGCUCUGGGGAACAUGUGUGUGUUAAACAUGCACUCGUCAAGCACUAUGAGCAACGACGCCUGCGGCCUCUACAACACCAUCUACAGAGCGACAGCAGCGCAAGGCAACAACCAGGACAACCCUUACUGGCGGUUAAACCUUCCCUGGCUGUAUUAUGGAGAACAGCCAGGCUUGGCAUCAAGAGUUCUGCAGAGUGAGCCACUGCCUGUUGGAUUCAACUUUAAAGGCACGGACAAGAGCACAAGUAUACAGAUGCUGGCUGCAGUAUAUACAGCACAAGGAGAGUUUGUAAGAUGGGAGAAUGUUGGCAGAAGAAACCUGCAGCUUUGUCCAGAUACAUUAACCAGGCUGCAGGCUGCUUACACAUUUGGGACGGCCUACAAGCAAACUUGUGUUCUUUCAGUGUCGGAUCUCCUGGCUGCUUAUUCGGAGCCGCUGUUUUAUGACGUCUUCAUGGUGCAGCAGAACACCGUAGGAGAUAAGCGCCUCCUCGCUGUGCCUAUUCUCAAUCUCGCUCUGCAGUUAAAUGGGCAGUUUGUCAAUCAAGCCUCGAACAUAAAUAGCUGGUACCUGACACGGAGACUGAUGAUGAUAGACACUUUAAGUGGUCGUGAAAAGAGUCUGACUUCUACCCCCAGAGUUAUUCGUGUGGCCACUACCUUACAAAUUAGAUUCCAUCUGGUGCCGAACACCCAGAAAGGACAGGUGUACCCUCCCCUGAUGACUGUGUCUUACUCUGAUAUUCUCAUUACUGAUCUGGCCAAGCAAACUGUAGCUGUAUCGUUCUCAUUGGAUUAUGAGAUGGAUCAGAGCAACGCUCAAGUUAAAACUGAUAUUGCACUGGGUGUGUUGGGUGGCGUGGCUGUUGUUUACUCUUUAUUGAAGACCGCUAGCUGGAAAAGAAGGAUCGCCUCACCUCUCAUUGACGUACAGACCAUUGUGAAGUUCCUGUUGUUCUAUGCCGGAGAUUUGGCAAACGUUUUCUUCGUCAUCACUGUCGGAACUGGUCUGUAUUGGCUCAUUUUUUAUAAGGCUCAGCAAUUUGUAUCAGUCCUGUUGCCUUUACCAGCUCAGGAGGAUCGCUUUGUGAUAUACGUUGGCUGUGCUUUUGCACUUAAGGCGCUACAGUUCCUCCAUGAAUUGUGGUUGCAGAUGUCGGUGGAUAUAUUCUUUAUAGACUGGGAGAGACCUCGCAGCGGCAAGUCUAGUAAAUCUGUAGAAGGUUGUGGUGAAGGAAAGACCCCAGCAUCUACAGUCAGCAUCUGGAGAACGUAUUUUGUGGCUAACGAAUGGAACGAGAUUCAGACAAUUCGUAAGAUCAACCCCACCUUCCAGGUCAUCUCUGUGCUCUUCUUCCUGCAGGUGGUGAGUUUUUCCAGCCUUGCAUUAAGAGACCCUUCUUCAGAGCUUCAGCGUUCAAGCGAGGGAUACCAACCAGCCUACAGCCGCAUACUGCGCUACGGUUUGGCAGCUGCUCUAUGGCUUUGCAUUGGUUUUAUACAGAUCACGUUUUUCUCAGUUUUCUAUGAGCGCUUUGUGGAAGACAAGAUUCGUCAGUUUGUAGAUCUCUGCUCUAUUAGCAACGUAUCACUGCUGCUGCUUUCUCAACGCUGUUUUGGUUACUACAUUCACGGGCGAUCUGUGCACGGCCACGCUGAUACUAAUAUGGAGGAGAUGAAUUCAAACUUGAAGAGAGAGGCAGAGAAUCUUUGUGGCCAGAGAGGUCUGUUACCUAAUUCUGACAUCCAGACUUUUCAGAUCUCCAUUACAAGUCGUCUUAGAGCACAGUAUGAUCGCAUAUUCGAGCCGCUCAGUAAAAGAAAUGGACCUUCGCGAUUGAUUGAUGCCUCGGCCAACCCAUUCGUGCAGAACACAAAAGCCUACCACACCAUGAACCGCUUUCUGGCCUCCGUCAUUGACCAUGCUCAUCGUGAGAUGGAUUACAUUGUGAAAGAUAAACUGCUCUUGGAAAGAGUCAUAGGAAUGGAGUUUAUUGAGCCUCUGGACAAAAGCAUUUUUUAUAAUGAUGACUCUCACUCUUUUGCUGAGGUGCUUUUCUAUGGGAACGAGGCGACACUGUUGAUCUUCGACACACUCUUUUUCUGUGUUGUUGAUCUCGGCAGCCAGAACUACAUUCUGGCAGCUAUUCUAACAUACGUGCAGCAACUGAUCUUCAGGCUGAUUCGAAAUGUCUCUGGUCGCAGGAACCUGGCCAGGAAAACUCUGGUUGACAAAAGAUUCCUUAUCUAAUAAUUUUUUUAAUCUUUUUUUUUUUUUUUUUUUGCCUUAAUGUCAGUUUUACUGUAGUUUGUAUUUUGCCAACACUAAUUAUCAAAGCAGGUUGUGUUUU